AUGAGCUCGGUUUCUCAAUUCAAAAGAACAGAAGUAAUUGGUCGAGGCAAGUUUGGGGUUGUUUACAAAGCUUACCACAAACAAACGAAACAGCUUUAUGCCAUCAAAGUACUCAAUUUGGACACGGAAGAAGAGGAUAUCCUAGACGUUCAGCAGGAAAUACAGUUUUUAACGGAAUUAAAGAGCGUUCCCAAUAUCACUCACUACUAUGGCUCAAUACUAAAUGAUACAAAAUUGUGGAUCUUGAUGGACUAUUGUGCAGGGGGCUCCCUUAGGACGCUUCUAAAGCCUGGAGUUAUGGAAGAAAAAUACAUUGGUGUGAUUGUGAGAGAAUUGCUACUGACCUUGAGUGCUGUGCACAAGUUGGGAGUCAUACAUCGAGACUUGAAAGCGGCCAAUGUCUUGAUUUCAAAAGAGGGUAAUGUCCAACUAUGUGACUUUGGUGUUGCCGCCAAGGUUGUGACAAAUUCUUCAAAGCGUCUUACGAUGGCAGGAACCCCAUACUGGAUGGCGCCAGAGGUUAUCAAAUCCGGGGAAACUUACAACAGUAAAGCUGACAUUUGGUCCUUGGGAAUAACCGUUUAUGAAAUUGCCACUGGUAACCCCCCAUAUUGUGACAAAGAUGCAUCUUGGGCAAUGCAGUUGAUUUCCAAAAGUACGCCACCUCGUCUCGAAGGAAGGGACUAUUCUUCGACAUUGAAAGAAUGUGUUGCUUUGUGUUUGGAUGAAAAUCCAGACGAGAGACCUUCUGCUGACGAGCUUUUCAAAUGCAAGCUCGUCAAGGCUUACAAGCAUUAUCCCACCAGUAUUCUCAAGGAAAUCAUAUCUCGAUAUUUGUUGUGGCGAGAUAGAAACUCGUCACGAGAUUCGGUGUUUAUAAACUUGGAGAAUGAACAAGAGGAAACAGUAGACGAGGUGGUACAAAACAAACUUCCAGGACACGAAAGUUUUGAGAACAAUAAUGAGCAUCUUCAGGUCAGAUGGGAUUUUGAUUCUUUGGAGUCCAAAGAAUAUAUUAUGGAGAACGAUAUAGAUGUGCAAAAUCUUGACUACAAUAAACAGUUUGAUACUGAAAAAGAACUUGGUUCGUAUUCAACUUUACCUACAUUGAAAGCAAAUACUUUGACCAGUGGAAACGCGCAGACUCCCACUACCAAAUCAGUAGCAGAUGUCCCAAAAUCCCUCCAGAUGCUAUUCGAAGAUCCAGAGGAAAAGAUGAAUGAUCAAUCUAUUUUGCAACCCCCAAGCUUACUCAGCUCGGGUGAAGGAACUGAAUCUCCCACCAUUGAAAUACCUGAUAUGGAUGUACUUUCAAGCUUUCCGUCAACGGGAACACUACUAAACGUCAAUCAAAGCGUGCCCACUCUUACGAAACCUCCAACCCUACACCACACCCAGUCGGCCUCAGGAAAUUUGGAAUCAAGGUUCAAUCCAAUGAGCACUUCACCAACUGAGAAUCGAACACGGAAAAAAACCAUCUCAACUACUUUGGGAAGUGGUACGUCGUCGAUGCUAUCUCCGUCCACAGUUGGUGCAACUCCCCAUACACCACCUUACACAAUCAAUUCUAGUGCCAGGACGCCAUCGCCGAAGCCUCCCUCUACCACAAACAUAUUAAAUGCAACUGGCCUUACCUCCAAAAGCGGUUCUCCAUCCAAGAUGAAAGCACUUCAGGGCAACCAUGAUCCUCUUUUGCAACCCAUCAAUUUCAAGUAUAGUUCUGGUGACGGUUACACGGAUAGUAAUGCAGGUGGCUCUAAUCCACCGGGACAAGCUCCUCCACCACUUCCGCAACAACACUCGAUGCCAAUUCUUGCCCAUUCGGUAACUGCAGGAUCCAAUGCACCACCUCCUUCCAAUAUAAAGUCCAAAAGGAAUAAGCCAGGCUUCAUUCAAAUGCCCACACCAUCGAAUAGUUUGAAUGUUUUAUCAGCAUUGACAAGUGAGACGACGCAUGAGGAUGAAAAUGUAAAUCAGUUUGGUAUAAAUCCUGCUCAAGUAGCAAACAUGCCCAUUUCAAUGACUCCAGUUACCGAGAGAGAACCACCCCAAUAUCCAAUGAAGAAUGAUGACAAUGCAGAUAAGCCUGCUAGUACGGGUACACGAGACGCCAAUGCGCCACCGACAAAUAUAACUACAGCUACAAUACGACCACAUCAAAACAGUAUUCUGGCUCAGAAGAAACCGCAACCCUCCCCCUCAAGCUCCAAUGUACUGGUAAAUGGUUCUAACGCACAUCAUCAUCAUCAUCAAAAUGCAAGUGUGAACACGUCAAAAGCUGUGGCCAGUACUCUGUCCCUGGCGAAUUCUACAUCAACACCAAGUUCAUCUUCUUUGUCUUUCCCCACAAUCCCACCCAUCAAAAGCGAGUUUUUCAUUGACUCUACAACUAACCGGAGUAAACUUGUCAGUGAAUUGGACUCGAUCAUAAAACUAUUCAAUCAUGGAUUGGAUACAUUGGAAACCAAUUUGUAG